AGACACGGAACUGGCGCGCGCUCGAAGCCGCGCUGGAGCCGGCGAGCUUCCGACACUCCGCUGCCGGGGGCAGUCUGGCUGGGCCUGGCCGGUUCCCCUAGGAACGGGAGAUAACAUCAGAAUUCCUCCUGGGAACAUUGACUCCUUGUGUGGUGCCUUGAAGUUUCUCUGAGAUGAACUGGUGAAUUUGGAACCAUGGUGCAAAAGAAGAAGCUCUGUCCUCGGUUACUGGAUUAUCUAGUGAUCGUAGGGGCCAGGCACCCGAGCAGUGAUAGUGUGGCCCAGACUCCUGAAUUACUACGGCGGUACCCCUUGGAGGACCACUCCGAGUUUCCCCUGCCCCCAGAUGUAGUGUUCUUCUGCCAGCCCGAGGGCUGUCUGAGUGUGCGGCAGCGGCGCAUGAGUCUGCGGGAUGACACUUCUUUCGUCUUCACCCUCACUGACAAGGACACUGGAGUCACUCGUUAUGGCAUCUGUGUUAACUUCUACCGCUCCUUCCAGAAGCGUAUGCCUAAAGAAAAGGGGGAAGGUGGGGUAGGGUCACGUGGGAAGGAAGGACCCCGUGCCACUUGUGCAUCAGAAGAGGUUGGCACUGAGACCUCAGAGACUGGCCUGUCCUUGCAGCCCCCCAGUGCUGACCCCGCCCCCGAUGUGAAUCAGUCUCCUCGGGUCAAACCCCGGGCCAAGGCAGGGAGCCGUUCACGCAACAGUACUCUGACAUCCCUGUGUGUGCUCAGCCACUAUCCCUUCUUCUCUACCUUCCGAGAAUGUCUGUACACCCUCAAACGUCUUGUGGACUGCUGCAGCGAGCGGCUGCUGGGCAAGAAACUGGGCAUCCCUCGAGGCAUACAAAGGGACACUAUGUGGCGCAUCUUUACUGGAUCAUUGCUAGUGGAGGAGAAGUCAAGUGUCCUUCUGCAUGACCUUCGAGAGAUUGAGGCCUGGAUCUAUCGAUUGCUUCGUUCCCCAGUGCCCGUCUCUGGGCAGAAGCGAGUAGACAUUGAGGUCCUACCCCAGGAGCUCCAACAAGCUCUGACCUUUGCUCUUCCAGACCCUUCUCGAUUCACCCUGGUGGAUUUCCCACUGCACCUUCCCUUGGAACUUCUGGGUGUGGAUGCCUGUCUUCAGGUGCUAACCUGCAUCCUCUUAGAGCACAAGGUGGUGCUACAGUCCCGAGACUACAAUGCCCUCUCCAUGUCUGUGAUGGCAUUUGUGGCGAUGAUCUACCCACUGGAGUAUAUGUUUCCUGUAAUCCCACUGCUGCCCACCUGCAUGGCAUCGGCAGAACAGCUGCUGUUGGCUCCAACUCCAUACAUCAUUGGGGUCCCUGCCAGCUUCUUCCUCUACAAACUGGACUUCAAAAUGCCUGAUGACGUAUGGCUAGUGGAUCUGGACAGCAAUAGGGUGAUUGCCCCCACCAAUGCAGAAGUGCUCCCAGCCCUGCCAGAACCAGAAUCAUUAGAGCUGAAGAAGCAUCUGAAGCAGGCCCUUGCCAGCAUGAGUCUCAACACCCAGCCCAUCCUCAAUCUGGAGAAAUUCCAUGAAGGCCAAGAGAUCCCCCUCCUCUUGGGAAGGCCUUCUAACGACCUGCAGUCCACACCUUCCACUGAAUUCAACCCACUCAUCUAUGGCAAUGAUGUGGAUUCUGUGGAUGUUGCAACGAGAGUGGCCAUGGUCCGUUUCUUCAACUCCCCCAACGUGCUGCAGGGCUUCCAGAUGCACACACGUACCCUGCGUCUCUUCCCUCGGCCCGUGGUAGCUUUUCAAGCUGGCUCCUUUCUAGCCUCACGUCCCCGGCAGACUCCUUUUGCUGAGAAGCUGGCCAGGACUCAGGCCGUGGAGUACUUCGGAGAAUGGAUCCUGAACCCCACCAACUACGCCUUCCAGCGAAUCCACAACAACAUGUUUGAUCCAGCCCUGAUUGGUGACAAGCCAAAGUGGUAUGCCCAUCAGCUGCAGCCUAUCCAUUAUCGAGUCUAUGAUAGCAACUCCCAGCUGGCCGAGGCACUGAGCGUGCCCCCAGAGCGCGACUCUGACUCUGACCCCACUGAUGACAGUGGCAGCGAUAGUAUGGAUUAUGAUGACUCAAGCUCUUCUUACUCCUCCCUUGGUGACUUUGUCAGUGAAAUGAUGAAGUGUGACAUCAAUGGUGAUACUCCCAAUGUGGAUCCGUUGACGCACGCGGCGCUGGGGGAUGCCAGCGAGGUGGAGAUCGAUGAGCUGCAGAACCAGAAGGAAUCCGAGGAAGCGGGCCCGGACAGCGAGAACUCUCAGGAAAACCCGCCACUGCGCUCCAGCUCCAGCACCACCGCCAGCAGUAGCCCCAGCACCGUCAUCCAUGGAGCUAGUGCUGAACCUGCCGAUUCAACGGAGGUGGACGAUAAGGCAGCAGUAGGCGUCUCCAAGCCCCUCUCUGCCGUGCCUCCCAGCAUGGGCAAAUCGAACACGGACAGGCGCCAGACAGAAAUUGGAGAGGGGUCAGUGCGCCGGCGAACCUGUGACAAUCCAUACUUCGAGCCCCAGUAUGGCCUUCCCCCUGAGGAAGAUGAUGAUGAGCAGGGGGAAAGUUACACUCCCCGAUUCAGCCAACAUGUCAAUGGCAAUCGGGCUCAAAAGCUGCUGCGGCCCAACAGCUUGAAACUGGCAAGCGACUCCGAGGCAGAGUCCGACUCUCGCGCAAGCUCACCCACCUCCACCAUCUCCAACAACAGCACCGAGGGCUUCGGGGGCAUCAUGUCUUUUGCCAGCAGCCUGUAUCGAAACCACAGUACAAGCUUCAGUCUUUCAAACCUCACACUGCCCACCAAAGGUGCGCGAGAGAAGACCACACCCUUCCCCAGUCUGAAAGGAAACAGGAGGGCCUUAGUGGACCAGAAGUCAUCUGUUAUUAAACACAGCCCAACAGUGAAAAGAGAGCCUCCAUCACCUCAGGGUCGAUCCAGCAAUUCUAGUGAGAACCAGCAGUUCCUGAAGGAGGUGGUCCACAGCGUGCUGGAUGGCCAGGGCGUUGGCUGGCUCAACAUGAAAAAGGUGCGUCGGCUGCUGGAGAGCGAGCAGCUGCGAGUCUUUGUCCUGAGCAAGCUGAACCGCUCAGUGCAGUCAGAGGACGAUGCCCGGCAGGAUGCCAUCCCCGACGUGGAGGUCAGUCGGAAGGUAUACAAGGGGAUGCUAGACCUGCUCAAGUGCACGGUGCUCAGCCUGGAGCAGUCCUACGCCCACGCGGGUCUGGGGGGCAUGGCCAGCAUCUUUGGGCUUCUGGAGAUUGCCCAGACCCACUACUAUAGCAAAGAACCAGACAAGCGGAAGAGAAGUCCAACAGAGAGUGUAAAUACCCCAGUCGGCAAGGAUCCUGGCCUGGCCGGACGGGGGGACCCAAAGGCGAUGGCACAGCUGAGAGUUCCCCAGCUGGGACCUCGGGCACCUAGUGCUGCAGGAAAGGGUCCCAGAGAACUAGACACCAGAAGUUUAAAGGAAGAAAAUUUUGUAGCAUCUGUUGGGCCUGAAGUCAUCAAACCCAUCUUUGAGACAGAGGAGAAAAAGUCCCAGAUCAGCGCGGACAGUGGCGUGAGCCUGACAUCUGGUUCCCAGAGGACUGAUCCAGACUCUGUCAUUGGUGUGAGUCCAGCCGUUAUGAUCCGAAGCUCAAGUCAGGACUCUGAAGUUAGCACCGUGGUGAGUAAUAGCUCUGGAGAGACCCUUGGAGCAGACAGUGACCUGAGCAGCAACGCAGGUGAUGGGCCAGGCGGUGAGGGCAGCGCCCACUUGGCCAGCUCUCGGGGCACCUUGUCUGAUAGUGAAAUUGAGACCAACUCUGCUACCAGCACCAUCUUUGGGAAAGCCCACAGCUUGAAGCCAAGUGUCAAGGAGAAGCUGGUGGGCAGCCCAGUUCGCUCGUCUGAGGAUGUAAGCCAGCGAGUCUAUCUCUACGAGGGACUCCUAGGCAAAGAACGUUCUACUUUAUGGGACCAAAUGCAGUUCUGGGAAGACGCGUUCUUAGAUGCUGUGAUGUUGGAGAGAGAAGGAAUGGGUAUGGACCAGGGUCCCCAGGAAAUGAUUGACAGGUACCUGUCCCUGGGAGAGCAUGACCGGAAGCGCCUAGAGGAUGAUGAAGAUCGAUUGCUGGCCACGCUUUUGCACAACCUCAUCUCCUACAUGCUACUGAUGAAGGUAAAUAAAAAUGACAUCCGGAAGAAGGUGAGGCGCCUAAUGGGAAAGUCGCAUAUUGGGCUUGUGUACAGCCAGCAACUCAACGAAGUGCUUGAUCAGCUGGCGAACCUGAAUGGACGUGAUCUCGCUAUCCGGUCCAGUGGCAGCCGGCACAUGAAGAAGCAGACAUUUGUGGUACAUGCGGGGACAGACACAAAUGGAGAUAUCUUCUUCAUGGAGGUGUGCGAUGACUGCGUGGUCCUGCGGAGUAACAUUGGGACGGUGUACGAGCGCUGGUGGUAUGAGAAGCUCAUCAACAUGACCUACUGCCCCAAGACUAAGGUGCUGUGUCUGUGGCGCAGAAAUGGCUCUGAGACUCAGCUCAACAAGUUCUAUACCAAGAAGUGUCGGGAACUGUACUACUGCGUGAAGGACAGCAUGGAGAGAGCCGCGGCCCGACAGCAGAGCAUCAAACCCGGCCCUGAACUGGGUGGCGAGUUCCCUGUGCAGGACAUGAAGACUGGUGAGGGCGGCUUGCUGCAGGUCACCCUAGAAGGGAUCAAUCUCAAGUUCAUGCACAGCCAGGUUUUCAUAGAGCUGAAUCACAUUAAAAAGUGCAAUACAGUCCGAGGCGUCUUUGUCCUGGAGGAAUUUGUUCCUGAAAUUAAAGAAGUGGUGAGCCACAAGUACAAGACACCAAUGGCCCAUGAGAUCUGCUACUCUGUGUUGUGUCUCUUCUCGUACGUGGCUGCAGUCCGCAGCAGGGAGGAAGACCUCAGGACCCCGCCCCGGCCCGUCUCGAGCUGAUGGGAGGGGUUGAGAGCCCCCCAGUCCAGGGGGUGCCCUUGCGUCUUCUGUUCGCAAGGACACAAUGCUGCGCGUGUGUUCUCUGCAGGCCCCUAACCGUGGCUUCGUUGGUUCACAGUUGUGUGUCUCAGCGUGUCUUAGUGUCUGUCACAGGGCUCCGCUGGUUUCCUCUAUCUGCUCCCUCUCCAUUCCCAGGAGACCAGUCUACUCUCCCCUCAGGGCUCAGGAGUGAUGUCUGUCUGUCUUUUGGGCCAGUGGCUUCUAAGCACUCUGAGUACAAUAGGAGCCCACCGUUGCGUGUCCCUGAGAGUCGUGUUGUGGUUCCUCAUCCUUGGCAUUCUCACCCUCCAGUGCAGCGCUCUGGCUCUCCGUCCUCUGGGAUCCGGCAUGACUGGGUGCUGGGCGAAGUCCCACUCCGUACCGAGGGAGGGAAGCUUGAGGCCUGUCCGCCCAGACAAGAGGUGGGCAGGGAAAGGCAGGGAGAGUCAUGGGGUGGCAUAGUGAGUGACAGCCUCCCUCGUCCUUACGAGUUUCCCAGGCUGGUGGCUCCUGCCUGCUGUGGCCCCUGCCACGGCAGGGGGGGCGGCACCGAGGGGCUCCUUUUUGCUGAGCAGCAGUUUCCCUAAGAUCUGCCUUGCCUUUGGACUGAGAGGGCAGAGUGGUUGGGCUGGGAGACUCCCAGCGACCACAGGCUACCAUGCCCAGGAAGCAGGGUGGAAUGGGGCCAAGGUCAGUGUACACAGCCAGUGUCUGCAGGCAGCCUCUCCUGGCACUGGUGUGGGCAAGAGAUGAUUGUACAUAGUUCAGCGCUACAUUAUUUAUAGAAAAUGUACAGAUGUGUGAAUGUGAAAUAAAUAUCCUCAGCUCUCCUUGG